UUCUUGCCAACUUCUGUUAGCUUGACAUUUCAUUGGACGAUAAAAAAGUUUCAUGGAUGAAUAGUGCUGAUAAUAAACAUUAUAAACAAUAUCUUCAGAAGCGAAACCGCGAGACUUGAACAAGUAGGCAAAAUAAAAGAAUUAAUUUAACUGGUUUUUAUGAAAAAAUUUUAAAAUGGUAAAAACUUUCCGGGCAUAUUUACCGAAUUCUGCAUUUAGGAAAUAUAGCUGUGUCCACUGUAGGGCACAUCUUGCUAACCACGACGACCUUAUUUCAAAGUGUUUUCAAGGAAGCAGAGGCCGAGCGUAUUUAUUCAAUUCGGUACUUAAUAUUGUAUGUGGUCCAGCUGAACAACGAAUAUUACUGACUGGAUUACAUGCAGUUGCAGAUAUUUAUUGUGAAAAUUGUAAAACUGCACUUGGUUGGAAAUAUGAGCAUGCUUUUGAAAGAAGUCAAAAAUAUAAAGAAGGGAAAUAUAUUAUUGAAAUGGCUCAUAUGCUUAAAGAAAACGGUUGGGAAUGAUUAUUUAAUUUUCAUGUGGGUUGUAUAUAGUACAUUAGGUUCUAAUGAGGUCAAAUCAUUUCUGAAAAGUAUUAAUGCCUCAAAAAAAGUUUUCUGUUUAAAGAAAACUCAAUUUUUUGCGCUCUUUUGUUAUUAUUUUUUAUUGCUUUUGUUAUUGUAUGAUAAUUCAUGUUUUAUCAGGGGAUUGUCUUAGAUAUUCAUAGCGAUAAAGUUUUUUUGGGAUAAUAGAAAAUUUUUUUUUUAUCUUGUACCUAUUAUAAAUUGUUUUAUAAUUUAUCUUGUGUCUCUGAGAUACCCUUAUUUCAUUCUGUAUACAAUUAUAUGUGGUAAGUAUAUUACUUAUGCACGUAUAAUAUAUGUAGAACUAUAUAAAGGUAUUUAUGUGUAUAUAAACGUUUUUCUUAAAACUUCUUUAAGUAUUUUGUAAUUGGUUAUAUUUUUUAACUAAAAAACGCGAUAUUUCAGUUUAUAUAAUGCUGGAACUGUAAAUAUGUAUAUAAUGAAAAUGUAGAUAUGUAAUAUAUAUCAUGACUGAGGUAAAAAUACUGAGUUUAAAGGUAAUAUUUUGUUGCUGUUUUUUUUCGAAAUGUAAAUUAUUCACUUUAAAAAAAUGAUAAUAAUAACUUUUGAUCUAGAUUUUAAGGUUUUAAAAAGAAUUUGUUGAUUUGAAUUAACUUGAAAGUUUUAAAAAAGAAUUUGCUUAUAGAAAUUUUGUUGAAACUUUUUAUUUAUAAGUUUAUUAUUUUGGUGUGUUUUUUUCUUUUUUUCUUACGCUAUAUAAAAACGUGCCAGGAUUAAUGCAGCAUAUUCAGUCAUUCAAUGUUCAUAUAGACGAAUCGGACCUUUGUAGCUAAUUAAAGGAUAAGCUUAUGACGCCUAUAUGUCUCGGCAAAAACGUUUAAAAUGCUAGUUUUUAACGUUUAAGUUUUACUGAUAAAAUGCGCGUUAACUUGGAACGGAUGUAUUACAAUAUAAUAUUAUAUUCUUUCUAUUAAACUGUGGAAUUCAAAUGUAAAUAUUUACGAUUUAUGGGUUGCCAUAAACACACGUGUUCAGUUGUAUUUUUCUUUUAUGAACAAUGUUUAAAAAAUGGA